AUGGAAGGUGAUGGUGAGUGGAAGCGUCAUGGCCGCUGGAGGAUGUCGUUCAUUGGCCGUGCUUACUUUGUCCCUGAGUUGGAUCUCUGGGUUGGGCUUGGCAAACACAGACGGAUCUUCGCAAUUGAUGUGGUAUCUGAAGAACCUGAUGCUGUGCAUGUUGAGCAUUAUGUGGACCUUCCCUUUAAGGUGUGCGUGGACAAACCGAGCUGCUGCCAUUUUACAGAUCAGGAGCCCAUCGGAGCCACCCUCCUUAGCAUGGGUGGUGGGAGCACUUUUUGCCUCCUUGAGUACUUCGGUGUGAAUGAGAUGGAGCGUAUCAUGCGAUUGAUGACAUUUUCUCUCAAAUAUGACAAGUAUGGAGACCUAACGAUGGGCAAAAGCAUCCAGACUCGGUACAACAGGGUGCCAUCUGAAGUUAGUUUGUCGACGCUUAAGACUCCGGUGGCUUUCUGGAUGUAA